AGUAACGUUUUAUAUUCAUCUAUCUAUUUUUGUUUCAUUUCUUUCUUAUUCAUGCGUUAUAAUACGAAGAGUUUAUACAUGCUAUUAGUUUGGGAUUAUUGAGAAUGGUUACUUUUUCACAACAGAACGUGAGGAAAACUGAACAUUGGGGUAGCAAAGCACCUUGAUUUAUUAUAUCUCGAAUCAUUCAAAUCCGAUGAAGGAAAAACGACACCAAGCCAAUGAAGGGAUUGAUAGAAGACAGGUGUAUUCAACGAAGGACACAUAUUUCGCAUAUUUUAUCCAUGGAUCUCUUCCAUUUCAUUAUAAAAGUCAUGUUCCAAUUAUUUGUCGCCUUAAUACUGGCUUUAUGGUCACUAUAUGACAAUGUUGUGAGACCUUAUUUUGCCUGCAUCAGCAUAAUGUUAUCAUUCUCAGUGCUGUAUGACAUUGUGCCUUUAUUAAUCUCAUUAACCCUUUAUACGAUUAAAACGAGUACAUGGGCCAGAUAUUUGGAUUGCAUCAAUGCCAUACUGCGCUCCGUGGACAUACUUUCACCGUUUGGAUAUAUAUUUCGUAGAUUUAUUCAGGGAUUUUUAAGACUACUUCACCGAUGCGUCAUUAUUUAUGUGUUAUGGAGUGUUGCUUUGUCUAUAUUGUGCUUUACCAUGUCGGAAUCUUUUGCUGCACAAUAUGAAAACUUUUUCGCUUCGAACUUUUUAUAUAAUGAUUCGUUACGGACAUCAAACAUACCACUUUCAAAGGAAGCACGUGAGAAUACAGCAUGUAUAAUGACACGAACAUUGGAUGCAUCUGCUCUUAAAACAGAUAAUAAUUUGAUAUAUAGAAAGGACGAACUAUCCAACUGUGACAUCACAGAUAUUGACAACACAACAAUACAGAACGUACGAGUGCAAUUUAAAUCUCCGGGUGAAUUUGCAAAAUUGAACUGCGCCAUAUAUAUACCAUCUGCCAAUUUUCUAUUUGGAUUGAAAGUGGAAUGGAAAAAAAAUAACAAAAUAAUACAUGCUGAUAACCAAACGAUAAAAAUAAAGACGAAUAUUUCAAAUGAAAUUGUGGAAAGUUCCUUAAUCAUAUCAUUUAUAAGAGAAGAAGAUUAUGGGAUGUACAAGUGUCAAAUAAAGCGAAAAAUACGUUCUGGUCAAUAUUAUAGAAAUGGAAUCCAAACAAUACCCCCAAGGCUGCGAACUGUGACCUAUACCAAUCUUUAUAGUAAACAUAUAUUGAAAAGAUACUCAGGAAUUCAGGAUGUGAUAUUUGUGCCACUGGGUAAUAAGCUACAGAUAAUUUGGAUCCCGCUGUCCUUUGGAAUUGACAAAGAGAAUAUCACACAAACAUACUUUAUAAAUGGAGAAGAAACUUCCAUCAUAAAAAAGGGAAAGGGUCAAUGUCAUGGUUGUUCCUUUGUAAUAAGCGUAUUUUGCAUCUGUGGUUAUCUAAGAGAUUGGUUUGAAAUACACUUGAGAUGCUCGUUGUGGGAUGUUGUAUUCAAUCUCCCAGGGAAAACAGUUUCGGGGUUUUCAAUGUGUGCGGAUACUACUGUUUAUGGUGUUCACACAAUUGAAUACAAGCGUCUGCUGUACGACAAGGAAAAUAAAACAUUAAUCAAUGUGACAGUGCGACACCCCGAUACAAUUAUAGUUCUUCCAGAUCAUCCGUAUUUGACUGAGAUGGACAACCAUUCUAAAUUUGAAAAAGUAAACAAGUUGAUGCGUCAAUUAAUGUCUGGUGACCUGAUGAAAGAAAAGUUUCAAGACGAAUCUCACGUCCUUUCUCAAAUUACACGAUAUUAUAUUGAAACGAUCGCUUUUUUCAUAACUCCAUUGGUUUUAUAUGGUGUUUUCGUUUAUGGAAACAAAAUAGGCUCAAUCUGUCUGUAUACUUUAGAAUUGAUCAGGAAACCCUACAGAUACACGUGUUAUAUAUUUUGUUGUGAUGAAGAUAAAGAAUACGUCACGAGUCAGCUGUACAAUAAGCUGUUGGAGGACAACAUCAACGCGGGCAUCAUACUUAAUAAUUGUGAGUUGAAUAAUCCAGGGAGAAACAAUUUCGAAAUUACAGCUGACAUUAUUGAGAAUUCGUUUUGUUUGAUAUUCUUCGUAACGCCUGCAUAUUUAGAAGAUAUAUAUUGUAGAAAUUACCAUUUGAUCCCCGUUAUGGAAAAUAUGAAAACGGGAAACAUAUUUGCAAACAACGUGCUAUGUAUCAUGAAUGAAAAUGCAGUUUUUCCAAAUGACAUAUCUUUGAACAUACCUACCGUAUUAAAAGUAGCAUGGGAAACAUCCAAUCAAACAUAUGGAAUUGUAAAACGUUGGUUACCAAAGGAGAUUGUUCGAUUUCCGGGGACACGUUUUAUUGAAAGUUUCUCUUUGGAGGUGAGGAAGAAAAUUUCUUAAACUGCAAAUUCGCCCUCACCUCCGACCAUAUUCAGAAUUUUAACAUUGACAAAUUCUAUCAUUUCAUGCUUUCCCCUUUAUUUUAUUUUUUGGUCCAUGCUUAUACAAAUCAAUGUCGAAUGUAGAUACGUAUCUUCAUCGGUUAAAACAUAAUCAUUCAAUCAAUAAAUUGAUAUGCUGUGAAAGGCAUUGAAACCAUCUUAAACACACAAUACCGGAACCACGUGUAAUAAUACCUUUGAUAUGACUUAUCAAGUUUGUGCUUUAGUUAUAUACUAUAGCAUAACAAUAGGAAAUAACAAAAGAAACACAGUUGCUGGUGUAUCAUUUGUUUUUCUUAAUAAUGAGAUUGGCUUACACUGUACAUGCAAAACCCGGGAACUCCUUCCUUUAGUGUUACAAGAAUUGUGCAAUUUGAUCUCUAUCUUUUACUACAUUGACAAAAUGCUGUAUUUGACCUUUAGUUUUCAAAUUUGCUAUCUUUCUAGUUCGUUCUCGUUAUUAGUAGAUGACAAAGUAUUUACAAAGCACUAUCAUUUUCAAUAAAUGUGGCUUCAAUAUGGUGUU